CUCAUAAUUUCCCACCGAAAAUGUCUUCCUUCUCGAUCUACCUACUAACACUAGCUCUCCUUCUACAAACCAAUUAUGGAGCCAGCUCAUAUCUCAACCAUGUCUGUUCAGGGUUUGAGAACUUCACCACCAAUGACCCUUAUGAAUCAAACCUAAGAAAGCUCAUGGGCAAUCUUUACUACCAAACCCCUCCCGUGGGUUUUGGUCUUGGUUUAGUGGGUCACUAUCCGUACCAAACUUACGGGCUUGCUCUUUGUCGUGGUGGCGUGGAAGCCACAGACUGCAGGACUUGCGUUAAUCAGGCCAGCGCCGAAAUUCACAAACGCUGCCCAUAUAAUAAAGGUGCGAUUAUAUGGUACGAUAAUUGUCUUUUGAAGUACCUCAACACUGAUUUCCUAGGCCAAAUUGAUAAUCAAAACAAGUUCUAUCUGUUGAAAUUGAGAAAUGUUAGCGAGCCCACAAGCUUUAACCAAAAGACAAGUGAGUUGUUGAGCCUACUAGCAAAAGAAGCAUCUGCAACUCCAAAACUGUAUGCAGAUGGAGAGCUAGAGCUCGGGGAAUCAAGGAAGCUCUACGGCUUGGCCCAAUGCACGUGGGACCUUUCUAGCAGUGACUGUUUCGAGUGUCUUGACGGAAUAAUUGGUGAACUUCCUCGUUGCUGUGACGGGAAAGAAGGAGGAAGAGUUGUCGGUGGGAGUUGCAACAUAAGAUAUGAGAUUUACCCCUUCGUCAGUACUGCUUAGAUUAUAUAUAUAUAAGUGUUCUAGAAUUUUGAAUGACUAUGCAUAUAUUAUAAAGAAAAAUAAAGAGUUUGUAGGAUUAACGUACAGCUAUAUUUAUUGUUCUCAAUUUUUGGAGGAAUGCAGUGUUUGUAUUUGUUUCAUAUUUCCACCAUG